ACUUAUUAGUUACAUUCACAUUUGGCUUAGCAAGCGUUAACGAGACCGAGGAUUCAUUUGUCGACUGAAUUCCUUGCCACGUUGAUUCGCAUGUUACGCGCGCGCAUUCCGUGAGUGUCGUUCACACUUUCACAGGUUUCGUGAAAGAGACAGUCUCACACUUGUUUGUACGAUCUCGCAGGGAAAAGAUAUUGACAAAAAGAUAUUGAUUUUGUGUGACAAGUGUAAGUGAUUGUUAUCAAACUGUUCGAUUGCCAAAAUUCUGAUAGAUCAUGAUGCGACUGAGUCUUGCGCUCGUUCUCAUUGUCGCCGGCUCGCAUGUUUCCACCGGCGAAGACUGCAAGGGAUGUGUUCCCUUGGAUUCCUAUUCGUUUGACAAGAUGAUUCCCAAGUUCAGAGCAGUGCUUAUUAAAUUUGAUGUUGCAUUUCCGUAUGGUGGCAAACACGAGCAGUAUGCUACUGUAGCAGCAGAUACAAAAGACUCACAUGAUCUUUUAGUAGCUACAGUAGGUGUAAAGGACUUUGGCAAUAAAGACAACUCUGACUUGGCACAGCGCUAUAACAUCAAGAAGGAGGAUUUCCCAGUAGUAUUAUUGUUCGUGCAGGGUAAAUCAGAGCCGAUCAAGUUUGUUCCUGAAAGAGAUUAUGACUUUACUGGCGAAUAUCUGAAACGGUUUAUCAGAUCCAAGUCAAGAGUAUACUUAGGCCUGCCAGGAUGUGUAGAACGGCUGGAUAGACUAGCGGAAGAAUUCAAAGUUGCGGGAGAACAGCAAAGACAGGAAAUAUUGAAAAAAGCGAGAAUCUUCGAGGAGACUUUACCAGAAGAACAACGGGAAGCUGCGAAAGUUUAUGUGAAAACCAUGGAGAAGAUUUUGGAGCGGGGAGAUAUAUUCGUGCAAACUGAAGAGACACGAGUGCAGGGACUUCUUUACAGAGGAAAACUGUCUGAUCAAAAGAAACGUACAAUGGAAGAGAGACGAAAUAUUCUGCAAUCUUUCUCAGCUAGGGAUGAGCUAUAGAAAUCUUGAAAACUCGAUUAUUAUCAACGAUUAUCCAAGCACCACCUGAUAAUUCAGUUCUAGUACAAAUAUCAACUGUUUAAUUGUUAUCCUGAAUUAUCUUAUAUGCUGGAUAAAAUUUUAUAUGAGCGCGAUAUAAUAGAAAUAAGAAUUAUUAUCGCCUGAUAUUUUAAACACCACAGUAUUUCUUUACACGUUUUGUCGCGUUAUGUGUAUAUACAUAUAAAGGACAAAAUGCAAUAUUAUUUGUCGUACACUUUUGUGUGCGAUUGUUCCUUUGUAUUAAACGCUUUAUCCUGUUAUAUCAAUUACAUAAAUGCAAAACAAUUAGGCAAUAAGCAUUAAAGAUAUAGGAUUCUAUAUUUAAAGAUAUCUGUCUGUCAAAUCAAUCGAUCAAGUAUAGUUAUAAUACAGUUUAAUCUAUUGCAUAUACAGAUUAUAUAAAAUCAAAAAAUUAAAAUUGAAAGUUCCCUAAAAAAUUUUCAAAAAAAAAAAGAAAAAAUUAACAGGUUGCAGUUUAAAAUGUUACACUGUAAACAAAGUAGGUAAAAAUUUGACAAUUUUAUACAAAUUAUCGCGGCACACGCUCACAUUUACGCACGCACAAACAUUCGUGACCUUUUCAGCAUGCUGUUUGCUAUUUUUCAAAGUAUACAUGAUGCAAUCAUUAACUAUGAAUGGACAUGUGAUAUAAUCCGCGAAUCUGCUUGGGUUCUCAAAAGACCAAUAUCUAGAACAAUAAAAAAUAAAGCACGGGUUCUUUGUUCGCGUAA